AUGCCCAGUGACCUUAAUCUCAAGAAGUCGUGGCACCCUGGUUUACUCAAGAACCAGAAAAAGGUAUGGGAAGAGGAACAAGAUAGAUUAAAAGAGCAUCAAAAGGUUCAGAAACGUCAACAAGAACUUGCUGAAGAAAGAACCAAAUUAGAAUUACUCAAGUUACAAUAUGGAGAUGAUCUUCUGAAGCUUCCAGCUACAGAGAGGUUGAAGUUGAAUAAACUCGAUUGGAUGUAUGAUGAUCCUACUGUCAAAUCAUCACAAGGGGUUGUUAAUGAAGACGGGUUUCAUGAAGUUGAAGGGGAUUUUGAUGUGGGAAAGAAAGAAGUUGAGCAAUUACUACUGGGGAAGAAAAAGUUUGAUGUUGAACGUAAUAGCCGAUUAAAUAAGAUUCUAGGAACCGAUGUUACUAGAACCACCACAGCAGCAACAACAUCAAAGAAUCUUUAUAGCGAUGAUCCACUUGCUAUGAUCAAACAAGGAAUGAAAAGAGAAGCAAAGAAAUCACAUGACAAAAGAAGCAGAAUAGAUAAACAUCAUCCAACUUCAAGAAAGCGACAUGAACAACAACGUCCAAAAUACACCGAUAAAGAACGAAGGGAACCCUACCCGGACCAUGUACAUCUGCAUUCACAUAGACCGAAACAGAACCACAAUGACCCAAAGAAGAAAUGGGUGUCCGAACAGUAUUGA